UGACGUCAAUGGGGGCAGUUUGACGCAUGAAUCACGUGGUCCGGGGGGACGGAGGGGAGGGGGAGGUAUAAGAGAGCGGGAGCCGCUCUCCGUGCUCCUGAAAACAGACGAGACACGUACACGCGGCGGAAUCCCCCCCCAGAGAGGAUAGCAGAGAGAGGGAGCCAAACAAUAACAACAGCAGUGACACCGAAUAUUAGAUAACAAACCACAGCAACAACAAAAAGCUGUGUGUGUGCGUUUGUGUGUGUGUGUUGUGUGUGUGUGUGAGUGAGAGAGAGAGUGAGAGCAGGACCUGCAGCAGACCUGACGUGACGAGGAGGCGGCGCUCGACUCUUCACGCUGAACAAACAUUCCUGACUCCGCCCUCCUUGUUCCUCACAGCGUGUCCUGCUCUGAGUGGCCAUGAUUGGGUCCCAAAAUGCCUCAAGUGUCCUUACCCUCCUGGUCCUCCUCACAGGAGCUUCUCUCCUCCAUGUGUCCAGCCCAAAGUCCAUCGGUGUCUCAGAAGACGACAAAAACCCAGACAGAGAUACCGUCUCUGGGCUGAAGGUGUCGGCAGACGAGGAGACGCGAUCAUUAGAGAGAGAAGAGGCAGAAGAGGAACUCUUUAAAGAUGUGGAUCCCAAAACGCUGGCGGCAGUUUUACUGGAGGCUCUGAAUCAAUCGCAGGGAGCAAGAGGGGAGGAGGAGAUGAAGGCUGAGAGUGGGGAGGUUAAAAAAGAAGAGGAAUACAGACAAGUGAGAACGAUGGAAGGAGCAGACCGAGACAGAGAUGGACGACAGGAGCUAGAGCUGCUCAUGGCCACACAGGGGAGGGAGCAGGAGGAAGAGGAGAGGAGGAAAGCUCAGGAGGAGGAGGAGAAGAUGACCGAGAAGGUGACGAGCCGCACGACGAGUCAGACGGUCCAGGUCCAGCAGUCGGUGAGUCCAGAAAGCGGAGCGGAGAAAGGGAAGGGUGACGCUUCCCAGCAGGGACCUGCCAAGACUGAACAAGGCGAGGAAGAGGAGGAGCAGCUCAAUCCUGAGGAGCUGAAGAGUCUGGAGACCAUGAUGAAGGAGUUUCCUCGUGUGGACACAGCCACCAAGAGGAAGGUGGACUCCGAAAACCAGAGAGAGAGCAGAGGCUACAGCAACAACUACAUCGUGCCGAUAAAUAAAGGUGGUAACAUCGCCAUGUCGAAGAAGAAGCUAAAAUGGCAGGAGGAGACGCAGAAAGGGUUGAACGUGCCGUCGUUUAGGGGAGGCAACUUUAUGGACGACUUUGAGGACACUAAUUAUGAGAAUAACGCAGUGCAGUCCCAGCAGCCUCCAGCAGAGCAGGAUGUGAUGGAGGAAGACGAGCCUGACGUCGAUGACGACGAGGAGGAGGAGAAGGAAGAGGAGAUGUUGAGUCCGGAGGAGGAGGAGGCUCGCGCCAAAGCGGAGCAGGAGGAGAUGAGGAGGCAGGCGGCCGAGGCACAGCGAGCAAAGAUGGAGGAGGAGAAGCUGGCGGACAUCGCCUCGGACAUGCUGCUGCGCUACAUGGUCAAACAGACUAACGGGAACAAGAAGUACAGCCCGUCACUGUCCAACGCUGCGGAGGACAAGAGGUCGGACGAGGAUCCGGAAGUGAUGGAGGAGGACGACAUCGAUCCUCAGACCAUCGACAAGCUGAUCGAGAUCUCCAGCAAGCUCCACCUCCCCGCCGACGACGUGGUCGACAUCAUCAGCGACGUGGAGAAGAAGAAGAAGAAGGACGUGCCGCCCGAGCUCUCUUCACGUUGGCAGCUGCCUCUGACUCCGAUCUCAUCGUCUUUCUCAUCCAAAAACGGCUUUGCACCGCCUCCGAUUUCGACCAGUCAAAACAACUUCCCUGACGCCAAGCAACCGUCUCCUGCCGUCAAUCUCCUCAAGACCUGGUUCCACGACAAGACGGCACCAAAAUCACCGGAUCGUUGGAGCAAACCUGUCAACCCUCUGCAGAAUCUGUGGUCCAGACCUCAGAGGCCGCUGUCAAUCAAACAGGACUUCUGGCGCAAAUCACCCAAGUCGGUCUGGACCGGCUACCCUUCGUACCCCUACGUUUAUCCGUUCUACUACCAGAGGAAGCCCUACCCAGACUACUACCCCGUCUACUACUCACCUUCUCCUAGACCCAAGCCCCGUUACUACAUCCCCAAACCUGCUAUCACCCUCAACAAGUUCCUGGGGAAUUCUCUGGACGAUGGCGACUCAUUUCCUCCCAAGCGUCGCUAUCACAGUUGGGUCCAGCCCCGACUGAAAGCCCCUCCCUCUGCUGGGUUUCAGCAGAAGCCGUACUACAGCAGCUACAACCUGCGUCUGUACCCUCGUACGUUUCAGCCUCUGCCCGUUGCCAAACCGCGCUCCCCUCCCAGAAUGCCCGUCAUCUCUCCUCCACAGAAGCAGAGGUAUUACUCAGCCGUGGCACCGGCAGCGACGAGGAAUGAAGAUUAUUACACAGCUGGAAAAUUGUCCGACAGCAGCAGCAGCAGCAGCAGCAGCAGCAGCCGUGACGAUCUGGAGAAUUACAUACAGAGGAUCCUCAUGAACCGACCACAGAUCCUGGACUGAAGCACAGACGAGGAGAGAGAAAGAGCCUGACGAAUGAAAACAAGGAGAGACGACCUGAAAUCCAGUGUGUUUCUUUAUGAUUUAGUUUUGCUGGUAUUUGGUUUUUAGUUCAUACAGGUUUCUUUCUGAUGUUUUCAUUGGUUGUUAUUGGGACGAGGACAUUCCCAGAGCUAAUCUGGAUAACAUGGAACGUUGGAGGGAAAAAGGAACGAGAGAGAUAUACAUCGCCACUCCUCCAGUGCAGAGAAGGAGGAGGAGGAGGAGGAGGAGGAGGAGGAGGAACAUGGAUGAUCUGUUGGAAAAGCAUGACGUGGCAAAAGAUUUGUAUCAUGCUAGGACUCGUCAUCCAAACUCCCGACAUGACCGCAUUCUCCAUUUGGACGUUGUACAAUGCCAAUAGAGGAGGACGUGUGACUGUGUUGUUAGCUGUACCUUUAAAACAAACACCUUUAGAGUCCCCAUGAGUCGUAGGUCGUGGCGGCGGCUGAUGGAGUUUUACUGUGCAUAAAAAGAACAUUUGUGGGAUUAUCUCAGGCAGGGAAGACG